AUGAUGCCUCCCUGUGGCAGCAGCAACUUACCUCCUGAAGACAGAAAAGCCUACCCGAUCAUGGGAGGUUUAAGAACAAGCUGUGAACAAAUGUGGCUGCCCAGGCUGCGCUCCGGGGAAGGUUCCGCGGCCAGGACCCGGGCUGAGCCGGCGGUGUUCAGAGUAGGGCAGUCAAUUCAGUAUUCUUUUGAACCUGUUCCAAAAUCCUGUUUCCAUGAUGGGCUGUUUCAGCCUUUCAAUAUGUGCACCACAGGACCCAUGAAUUCAGAGUGCUUGGGGAACAUUUUGCGUAUGACACUGAGUGCAGAAUACUUUGAGGACAAAUACUUGUCUUUUUCUGUUGUUGAUCGGUCUGGCAUAGCCUGGGAGCUGGAUGAGGCUAUGGCAUCGCGGUGUGGCUAUACAGUAACUUACAGCAAUUGGAAUAUUAUUGAGUUUCGUGCUUCUGCACUAAGUUGUCAUUCUCACUUAGAGAAAGAUGUUUUCAUAGUAACUGUACAAAUCAAAGCAUCUCAUACUCCUAAUAUGAAAAAUGCUACAGUUCACCUGAAGAGUGCAAGUUGUUAUUAUGGCCUUUGGAGUCCAAGGGAGUUAGUAUGUGAAAGUAACUACAUGGAGGUUUCUGUCAGGAGGGAGGUUCCACAGAUUGUGAAAGAAUUCAUUCAAGAUGAACUUGCAGACUGGACUUCUGCCUUUCCAGAGGCAAAAGCUGGAGAAGCCUCAAUAUGGCAAAUAGUCUUUCAUCAGCCAGAAGAAAAAAAGGCUCUGCUUGUGAGUGAUGCUUGGAGUGCAGGCUAUGGGCUCAACACCACAGACACCAGGGUUCUGCUGCGAAUACCAUACACUGCUGGGCAAAUUCAGUUGGUUGAGGAUCAGGGAAUUACCUUUUCUGCAGUGAGAUCAAGUAUAUUUUACAAACAGCUAUGGAUGAUCCUGAUGGUGGAUACUGCUGUGGCAUGCCCUGUAGAUGGUGUGGACUACACUAAUACAACAAUCAUCUGGACUGUUCCAAAAUAUAUUCAACUGCUCUCUGCUGGAGCAACUGGUUUUAAGGAUGUCCUUGUUGAAGCUGGUGUGGAUCUACGCAAACUCUCUGCCAAAGAAAUGGCUUCCAGAAAAUAUCUGUUAGUAAAUGAUUUAAAUGCAAUUACACUGAAGAUACCAAUAGGUGCAGAAGGUGGCUAUUACAAGACUUCUGUGAGCAGUGGACUGCAUGGGGCAAAAUACACCAUCAACGUGUUCUUAGAACAUCAGUGGGAAGAUAACAAAGGUGGCCUAACCAAAUAUACCAUCAUCAAAGAAAUAGAAACACCAUUUGAACAAGUGGAACUUACUAUAACCAACAAUUCAAAUCUGACUGCAAGGCUAAUGAAUGUGACAGUGGGAGCAUUCCUCCCGGAUGUGGAACUUGUGAACUUAACCAUUGAGGAGGUAAUUGUUACUGUACCUGAAGCUGUUCAGCAUGGAUACCUAACAGAUGAGAUGAGAUAUCCUAAUGGAAGCAAAGCCUACAUAAUACAAGUCCCACUUGAUUCAACAAGUGUUAAGAAAAAGUACAUGGGAGCAAGCAGGAGAGCACACAUCCUGAAUGUCACACUUGCAUUCAUAAUCCAUCCAACAAGUGAGACCUUUGCAGUUCCAGUCAUAACAGUAACAGCUGUUGAAGAUGCAGUACUGCCCAGCGCGACAGGAUUUUGUGAUGGCAGGAACCUUCAUCUCAUUAUUACUCAUGGGAAUGUGGACCAAAACUGGCAACCUUUCCUCUCAGACUGGCACCUGACCCCAGAGGCUGUGAAAAAGUACAACUACAGCCUGAGGGACAAUGGCACUCACUUGGCAAUCUCUGUCCCUUUUCUUUCUUCCCAUGUGAACUAUGAGGAUUUUAAUACCUCUGGAAUAAAGGCUUCACUCCGCUUGACGUUGAAGGAUGGCAUCAUUUCUGCCAAUAGGAGGGACUUCUGGGUUUCCUGCAUAUUUUCCUCUUCAGAGCUAAUACAGUGCCUGCCCAAUGGCACUGUGGUUAUUACUGCAAUAAAACUGGUAGGAGUUGCUGACCUGGACACCAGUCUGCUUGUCUUAAGGGACAGACGGUGCAAACCAAGUUUAGUGACAGCGAAGACUGCAACCUUCAAGUUCAAUGUGAACACUUGUGGAACAAGUAGAAAGUUCAACAGCACAACUAUGAAAUAUGAAAAUGAUGUACUCUAUUUCAGACCUGGCACUGAUACGCCACUAUACCAACUGCGAUUUGUAUGCUGGUAUGCAAUCAAGCAGACUGCUGAUGUCAAAUACGAAUCUAAGAAGAACCCACCACCCAGUAUUAAGCCAGGGUUUGGCUCUCUUGCUCUUUCAAUGAAGCUUUUCAGAGAGAAAUCUUAUGCAGAGCCCUACCAGGAAUCAGAAUACCCUGUGGUAAAAUAUCUGAAGGAAGCAUUGUAUUUUGAAAUUGAACUGCUUCAGCCAAAAGAUACAAGACUGGAACUAAACCUGGCUGACUGCUGGGCUACUAACUCCCAAAGUCAGGACAGUCUUCCACAGUGGCACAUCCUUCUGAAUGGAUGUGAAAACAGCAAGGACUCCUAUAGAACUGUCUUCCAUGAAGUUAAUUAUAGCCUUAGAGUAAAAUUUCCUCAGCACCUGAAGAGAUUUGAAGUGAAAAUGUUCACCUUUGUACAAGGCACAACUCUGUUACAAGAGCAGCUGUAUUUCCACUGCAGUGUGGUGAUCUGCAGCAGUGUGCAACGACCUUCAGGCUUGCUUUGUUCAAGGAGAUGUAAUCCUGGGAAACGCAGAUUUGACCGCAGUGCAGAACCACAUCUACAUGGGCAAGUAUCAUCUGGAGCAGUGCUUCUUAGGAAGGAAAACUACUAA